UAUAUGUCUACACUGCUUAGACUUUAAGUACAAUUCAGAAGCAAAUUAAAGUUUUCAUAAUUAAUUUGGUGUGAAGAUAGAGAGGUGAAUAUGGCAUUGAGAGAUAAACCAGUAUUAUCAACAACCAUAGGCACAGAUGUUUUCGAAAGUGGAAACAUUAAAUGGAAGCAAUUCAAUGUUGACACAUCCCCUAAACCAUUGUUAGUCUUUACACCGACAGUGGAAGGCACAUACCCUGUAAUAUUGUUCUACCAUGGUUUUGCUAUUUGGAAUAGCUAUUAUCAUAAGCUCUUAGGUCACAUAACUUCACAUGGAUUCAUUGUUGUUGCUCCUCAAUUGUUUACCAUAGGCUUACCUAUGCCAGGACCAUGUGAAGUAAAAUUUGCAGGAAAAGUAGCAAAUUGGAUAACCAAGGGACUUCAACCUAAGCUCAAAGAAAACACUAAAGAAAAUGUUGUAGCAAAAUUAGACAAUUUGGUUCUAGCUGGUCAUAGUAAAGGUGGAAAAACAGCAUUUGCUGUAGCACUUGGUCAUGCUGAAACCAACCUCAAAUUUUCAGCCCUAAUUGGAAUAGAUCCAGUGGCAGGCCCAAGUAAGUGUAAGAUAACAAGAACACUCCCUCACAUUCUUACGGGCCAGGCCCAAUCUUUUGAUUUGAACAUGCCAGUUAUUGUCAUUGGAACUGGGCUAGGCCCAGAACCAUCCAAUUGUUCUCCUUUACCUUGUGCUCCUGAUGGGGUGAACCAUGAGGAAUUUUUCUAUGAAUGUAAACCACCUUGUGCACAUUUUGUUGUUAAGGAUUAUGGUCACAUGGAUAUGUUAGAUGAUGAGACACAUGAUAUUAGAGGUAGUCUUUUGAAGUGUUUAUGUAAGAAUGGAACUGGCCCUAAGGAUUUGAUGAUAAGGACUUUAGGAGGGUUAGUUGUUUCCUUUUUGAAGGCUUAUUUGUAUAACCAACCAGAAGAUUUUGAAGUCAUUUUGGAGGAUCCAAAUCUUGCUCCGGCGAAGCUUGAAGAACCUGUUUUCUAUCCAUGAGAAGUCAAUAUGACAUUGUAAAAUGAUUAUUAUUAUCAGUUUGAUUAAUAAUAAUUUCUCAUUUUUUCCAAAUUUUUACUUCUUGUAAAAAGAAGACCUUGAUGUGUGUAAUAUAUAGCUUCAUGAAGCUUUUUAGAAGAUUAUGUGUUGUCGUUAUUUAUUUACAUUCAAACUUAUUGAAUGAAGUUGGCUUUUGUGUUGGACUAUAUCUUCA